AUGGAGGCUCUGCUGAGGCGGGAGCUGGGCUGCGACUUCGUCAGGGCGACGGGUCACUCGGGGGGCGGGUGCAUCAGCCAGGGCCAGAGUUACGACACGGACAGGGGACGCGUGUUUGUGAAAGUGAACUCCAAGGCGGAGGCCAGAAGAAUGUUUGAAGGUGAGAUGGCAAGUCUGACCGCCAUCCUGAGGACGGACACGGUCCGGGUGCCCAAGCCCAUCAAGGUCCUUGAUGCCCCGGGCGGCGGCAGCGCGCUGGUGAUGGAGCACGUGGACAUGCGGGCUCUGGACAGCCAUGCCGCCAGGCUGGGAACCCAGCUCGCAGACCUACAUCUGGAGAACAAGAGGCUUGGGGAGACGCUCCGGAAGGAGGCCAGCACCGUGGGGAAAGGAGGCGGGCAGGUGGACCGGGCCUUUGUGGACAAGUUCGGGUUUGACGUGGUGACAUGCUGUGGAUACCUCCCCCAGGUGAAUGACUGGCAGGACGACUGGGUGACCUUCUAUGCCCGGCAGCGCAUUCAGCCCCAGAUGGACAUGGUGGAGAAGGGGUCUGGGGACAGGGAGGCCCGGGAACUCUGGUCUGCUCUGCAGCUGAAGAUCCCUGACCUGUUUCGUGACCUGGACAUCGUCCCGGCCCUGCUCCACGGGGACCUCUGGGCCGGAAACGUCGCGGAGGACUCCUCCGGGCCUGUCAUCUUCGACCCGGCUUCCUUCUACGGCCACGCGGAGUACGAGCUGGCGAUAGCCGGCAUGUUCGGAGGCUUCGGCCGCUCCUUCUACUCUGCCUACCACGGCGCCAUCCCCAAGGCCCCGGGCUUCGAGGCUCGCCUGCAGCUCUAUCAGCUCUUCCACUACUUGAACCACUGGAAUCACUUUGGAUCGGGGUACAGAGGGUCGUCCCUGAACAUCAUGAGGAACCUUGUCAGAUGA